AUGUCUGGACGCGGCAAAGGUGGCAAGGGUCUCGGAAAGGGCGGUGCGAAGCGUCACCGCAAGAUUUUGCGUGAUAACAUCCAGGGUAUCACCAAGCCCGCCAUCCGCCGUCUCGCCCGUCGUGGUGGUGUCAAGCGUAUCUCAGGCCUCAUCUACGAAGAGACCCGCGGUGUUCUUAAGAUCUUCCUCGAGAACGUCAUUCGCGACUCGGUCACCUACACGGAGCAUGCCAAGCGCAAAACUGUGACUGCCCUCGAUGUCGUCUACGCCCUCAAGCGCUCUGGCCGCACCCUCUAUGGUUUUGGUGCUUAA